AUGCCGCGUCCCAACCCAACGCCCUACAUCCCGCAGGCGCAGCGUACCAUCAGCGAGAUCAUAGACCACAGGGUAACGAACAACCAACUCGAGGUCUACUGCGCGUGGAACGAACUCCCCUACCUCUCGUGGUGCCCGGCGAACGACCUACGCGACCCGAAGCGCGGGGCCCUGAUACGCGCGUACAUGCGCUCGUCGUUUCGCCCUGUUAUUCGCGAAGGCAACGGGUUCAAGAACCAAGACGCCAAGUCCGCCCCGCGCACCACCCCGUCCCCGGCGAUCGACCAGCGAGUCGCCGUGAACCGCGUCUGGGUCUCUUCGGACGGCGAGAAGAUGGUCCAGGUAAAGGCUGUGGGCGACGAGCGGCUGUUUAACGUCUCUACCGAGCACGCUAUCGCCAAGUUCCCGGGGCAUUAUGCCGACUUCAUGUUCCGCCAGUUGGUCGAGUACCACAUGUUAGAUUUAGAUUUGGCAGAUGAGGCCGGGGAGAUGGAGUCGCCAGAGAUAGAGAUGUAG